AUGGCUGAAUUAGAGGUUACGCUUCCCGCAUCAUGGUUCACCAGCAAGACAAUUUACGACCUCGAGAGGCGUGCUGUUUUCCUCAAGUCAUGGUUUUUCCUAGGAGCGGUAACCAAAUGGCCCACUGUCGGAGACUAUCCUCACGAAAUGGUGCAAGUCGACCUUAUUGUUCGACGCACCUCUGAGGAUUGGACGAGCCUCAGAGUUCUUGCCAAGGAUGGUUCCGAGGUACGAAGCCACUUGACACCUACAGGUCUGCUCUUCGUCACGCUGUCGAAUGAGACGCCUAGCUUUAAGGAAUCUCUACCAGGACUGGAGGAUCUAAUAGGGCACGUGGACUUCACAAAACGUGAGGUCCGAAGAAGCCUCAGAUAUGUAGGAAAAUACAACUGGAAGACAUUUAUCGACGGAUUCCAGGAGUGUCUCCACUGCGCAUACGCCCAUAAAGAGUUUUCCAAACGGUACACCCCAACCACCUACAAGGUGCUGAACAACAGUAAUUACUCACAGCACCUUGCGAAGCCGGGCCACAGCCCUGCAGAUGGUCUAUUCAUCUACUUCUUUCCCAACACGAUGUUUAACCUGUACGGUGGAGGCAUGAGUGCCAUCCGCGCGUGCCCCCUCGAGGACCCGUCAACGACGAUGAUGGAAUUUGACUAUUACCAUGAUGAGCCUGCUGGCUCUGAAGAAUUCGAAGCUUACUACAAGUUUGCUCGGCGAGUUGGUGUAGAGGACCACGAACUAUGCGAGCAAGUCCAGCUCAACCUAAAGCUUGACAUUUAUUCGGCGGGGAUACUCAAUCCUAACAAGGAGAACGGUGUGGCUUAUUACCAAGCCCGAGUCCUUGAGUUGUGCUCGGCACAAUUCGAGAAGGAAGAACGGGAGAAGCUAUCGAGGCAACCAGUCUUAGCCUCCAAUGUGACCCAUCUGGCAGAGGCAUCUGCCGUCUAA